CGUGCCGGGCGCUGGUUGGUCAGUCGGGCUGGGGCGGGGCUCCGCGAGGAACUGUGGCGGCGGCCGACUGCGAGCCGAGCAGGACCUUGGAGUGGUGCCGUCGCGAGUGUGUCAGAGUGAAGCCCCCAGCCCAGCCAUGGCGUACGGCGGCCUCACUGUGCCCAUCAUCGUCAUGAGCGUUUUCUGGGGGGUAGUCGGCGGCAUCCUGCCCUGGUUCGUGCCCAAGGGGCCCAACCGCGGUGUUAUCAACACAAUGCUGGUGACCUGUGCUGUUUGCUGUUACCUCUUUUGGCUGAUUGCGAUCCUGGCCCAGCUCAACCCUCUCUUUGGUCCACAGUUAAGCAAUGAAACAAUCUGGUAUCUUCAGUAUCAUUGGCCUUAAGGAUGUCUGUCUUCUCUGCUGCCUUUUUUGUGGACUAGGUAAAGAAGAUAUUUCCUCUAGAUGUAAAAACUACAUUGAUCCAAAGAUGCCCUUAACAUAGCUGGUUGGAUACCAAACCUGCUUAAUGCCUUAAUGUUUGUAUUGUGCUUAAAAUGGCUUGUCCAAAGCCUUAUAUUUUUCUCCUGGUUUCCUUUUACACUGUUUAACAAUGUGUCUAAUACGUAAGAUUUAUACCUCUUUUUCUGUGCUAUAAACUUCUAUUUAUUUCAAUUACACUUGACAAAAAUUAUAACUUAACUUUCUGGGAUAUGUGAGUUUGAGGGCAGCCUCUUCCUUGUCCUUGGUGUUGCACAUUCUCCAUGAGUUUCAUGAAACUUCCACACGCUAGGCUGCCUAUUUAUAGUGUAAUACACAGGCAUUUUCUGUUUGACUACAAUUGCAUAAAAUAAAGUGUACAACAAAACUGGUGGCUGGGAGAUGCUGCCACGUGUUUAUGGCAUUUAUUUUUACAAUGGAUUGUAUUCUCAAAGUUUAAUCUUAAAUUUCUGUGUACAUGGGAAUAAAAUGAAUCUGCUGCUUUAUAUGAAACAUUCUUGGGAAGCAUCUAAUGGUUGUAUAGUUAUUUUGGUUUUGGGUAGACUUCUGUAAUGUUAAUCUUGCUUAGUUAGUCAAAGAGUUCAACUUCUGAAACUUUCAGAGCUUUCAGUAUGUCUGUAUCUAAUAUUGCUUGUUAUUUCACUAUGCCAUCUGAAUGUAAGAGUUCUUACCCAGCUGACUCCAACUCCCCAGCUGGUGGUCUAUACUGAGGGAAAUUACUCGGCUGCUUUCCCUCUGAAUCCUUUCUUGUGGUGUUUCAAGUUGUUCAACUUCAGUAUCUAUAUUUUCCAUGAUAUAUAGUAAAGGCCUAUGACAAAAUAGAGCUUGGUGCUUUGGGCUAAAGCCCCACCAAGAGUUAGUAUAGAAAGUCACUGUCCUAAUAAUAAACUGCCUUAAAUUAUGCUACAGUGACCAACCCUACCUAAUUAUAAAGACU